GCACACACUAGAGCCCACAGUAGAGAGAGAGAGAGAGAGAGAGAGAGCGGAGGGGAGAUACAUCACCAACGAAGACGACGAGGACGACGACGAGCACUGCGCCAUGGCGUCGCCCCCGACCUCUUCCUCCUCCUCCGCGGGACUCUUUCGCCGCGCCCCGGGCUCGGCGCGGGCGCAUUCAGCUCCUCCGGAGGCCGUCGGGGCCGGGGCCAUCCGAGCCGACGUGGAUCCGCCGCCGCGGCCGAAGCCCAUCAUGCAGAAGCUCGCCAUCGGGGCCAUCGUCCUCUUGGGCUGCGUCCAGUUCUUCCUCCCCGCCUCCCACUUCCGCGACCCCUCCGACCCCCGCCGCACCUGGAUCCCCUACGACCCCAGUCGCUCCUCCCCCAUCUCCACAAAUAAAAGAAGUUUCGAGGAGGAGCAACUUGAUAUGCCAGUGAAGCAGGAGGCAGAAGUCCCAGGGACACAUAUCUUCUCUUGGACAGACUGUUUAGAUUUGCGAGUUCUUGCAGUCCUUGCCAACUCAACUUUGUCCAGCUCAAGAUAUCCGGAGGAUGUAUUUUUCCAUUUCUUCAUACCUGAACAUGAAGACGAGAAACUGUCCUUCUAUAAGCUAAAAGUAGUCCUGCCUUCCUCAAACCUUGGUAUAAUUGGUCAGAAGGAUGUGAAGGAGAAAUUAAACAUUGCUACUCCUGAAGCGGAAUUUCUUUGGAAUUACCGUCAUGAAUUGGCACCAUUUUUCAUUUCAUACCAGCAUUUACCUUUGAACAAAUAUGUAUAUGUCUUACCAGACACCAUCAUAAAGGGAAAUAUUGAAGAUCUCUUUAGUUUUGAUUUGGCUCCUUAUGCUAUUGGAGCCGCCGAAGACUGCAGCAAGAGGGUGGGUGAUUACGUCGAUAUCGAGGUUUUAAAUGCUAUACAGAGAACUGCUGCCAAAAGUUGGAUAUCUGACAAACCUUAUGAUAAAAAUGCCUGCUUACCUGAUUUCAAUGUGCUCUUAGUGGAACCUCAUAAGUUAGAAAGCACUCUACUCGAGUCCAUUGUGUGGUGGAACAAAGUUCUUGACAAAGGAAGUGAAAGGGGCAACCGUAUGAAGUUCGCAAUUGCUCUAGCUUUCUAUGACAAAUAUUUCAAGCUUCCCUCUACUUGGAAAAUCAGCUCUUCAUUGGAAGCUGAUGAAACUAAUGAAAUCAAAGCACUCCGUUUUGAUGGGCCGACAAGAGUUUGCUCCGAAGAUGACGACCGGGAUCAAGGACCAAAUCAUGGUGAUAUUUGGCAGCAAUAUCUUUCGUCAAACUCGGUCGCCGUAUUAAGUCAUUGAAGCACCAAAUUCCUUCCUAUUCUGCCGCUUCAUUUUUUUAAAGAGAUUACACCAAUUACAACCGGUAAUGGACCUUAUCAACGAAUGAAGUGGUGGUGCUUAAAUUCCUGCCGCAGAGAAAAACUGUGCAGUUUGAGGAUACUAUAUAGAAGUUUUUGAUACCACACAGGCCAAAUGAAACAGGGUAGGGUAGUAGAAAAGAAGUGUCAUAGGUCAAAUUAUCACCAUUUGUUGAUGUUUAACCAAACAGAUGCUUGUUUGUUGCUGUUGUUGUAAGUUUGUAAUAACAACAUAUGAUUCCGUCGCGUGUUCAUAUGUUUUUAGCCAGUUUUCUGUUCUAUUUGAUUAUCUUUAUGCA